AACCAAGCAUAGGAUAUGUUGAAUUCCUAUAAAUUAAACACAAACUACUCUUUAACCAGUGUCGUAUUAAAAAUGUGGAUUUUAUUACUUGGUAUUCUCCAGUUUGGGAGUACUAAAGCUCAGGAUGGACUAAGAGCAGAAUUGGUUAAACCUUUGCCGCUUGAUCUUGGAAGAGAAGAAUUGGUUAAACCUGUGCUAGAUUCUGUCUGUUCCCUGGGGAAUGAUGGAACACUCCUCGGUGGUGUUACUGAGCUUAAAGAGGGGGGAGAGUACAAGGGAUGUUUUAAUGGAACAAUCCAGUCAGUCCAAAUAAAGAGUCUUCCAACAGUUCCUUUGGUUUUCGCAAAUUCAAGUAUCGAGAACCCAGGAGAUAUUCUUUUUCAAGAACUUAGCUCAAGAUGCCACAAUUCUCAUUCCUUGGCUAAAAAACUUGAAAUCUUGAGGGACAAAAGGUUAUCUAAAUUAGAUGAAUGUUAUUCUUCAACUUCAAAGCAAGCUUCCCUUAGUUCCACUAUUGGAAAGCUAGAAAAUGAAAUUCAAAGCAAAGAGGAUGCUGUUGUUUGUGGUUUUAAAAGUAUCCUGGACCUCAUUCCUGAUUUAUCACUGGUAAAAUGUCUCCUGGCAAAUAUCCCAAAAGAAUACAUUCAAGCCUACAAAGAAGAGGCCUCUUUGGAGUCUGAAAAAUCCCCUGUUUUGUCCAGACAGAAGCGUGUUAUUGGUGGUUCUCCGGUUACUUCGUCUACACAGGUUCCAUGGCAUGCUCAUAUUGUCAUUGAUGGUUUCUUUGACACAACCCUCUGUAGCGGAGUUCUCAUUCAUAGCUGCUAUGUGCUGACCCAUAAAAGCUGUCUAUCCACAUUUACAACACUCAGUAACACUAAAGUUAUCCUUGGUGAUGUCAAUAGAAACAGUGUUGACUUUGGUGAGGUAACAAAAAAUAUAUUGUAUAUUCACUACCAUCCAAAUCCAGAGAUUGAGGUUGCAAUGAUAUUAUUGGAAAGUAGUUCAUUCACUACAUUUGGUCGUCCUGCUACCCUUGGAUCUGGGUUUCCAUUUGGAACAGGAGCAGUUGCUGGAUUUGGGUCAACCUCUUGUGGAUUUCCCAACCUUUCAAACCAGCUUCUUAUAGCUUCAAACACAAUUGUUUCAAGCAGUACCUGUGAAAACUACUGGGCAAGCGCUUUUGGGUUGACAGCACCAGUUCUUGCAGAUCAUGAAUUUUGUGCUGGGAACAAUGCACUUCCUUAUCGUGGUCCUGGGGCAUUUGAUCAGGGAAGCGGACUUGUUACUUCAACAGGGCGCCUACUUGGUAUUGUUUCAAGAACAGUAGCAUUUUCUUGCAAUGUUAAGUACGCAGUUUACAUCAACACCAACUACCCAGCAAUUAAAGGAUGGAUUGAAUCUAUAUUACCCUCACCCUUAAACUCCAACAAUCAAAGAUGUGCCUGCAGAAGGCAAUCUGUGCAGGUUACUGGAACCCUUACAACACCAUAUCAAUUUGGACCCCUCAGCAACAGAAACUGUUUACUUAGAUUUGGAGUCCCCAGCUCAUGUGGUUCCAGUUCUCCUAAUUUUGCACAGGGAUUUUAUUCUUCACAAUCAAAUACUGUCCAAACAGCAAGAGUUAGCAGAUAUACUUGUUGGUCAAAGGCCUCAGCACUUUUCCUGAAGGACUGUGGACGACAAUUUCCAUACUUGGGAAAAAUGUAUAUGAGACAAUGGAACAGCUUUGAUUGUCCAUUAUCACUUGACAGCAUACCAGAAGAAACCCAAGCAUUUACUGUUGAUGGAAAUAUAAUUUUUGGAUCGUCAUAUAACAUACAUUUUUACACCUAUCCCUUACAAACCUCCACUCUUGAUUUUUCAGUUUUACUUGAUUCUUGCUUCUCAGGAUCAUCAGUGGUUCAGCUGGAAAACAAUGAUAACAUUCAAAUAAGACAUCUAAGGCUUGGUGAUAAGUUAAUAGUAACAAACCCAGAUGGAAGCAAGAUUAGCACAAGUUUCCUUGGAUGGCUCCACAAAGAGGAAGAUCAACCUGCAUUGUUUGUCAGAAUUAUUACAGAUUCCGGGCGAGAAUUGUCAUUGACACCACAUCAUCUUGUUCUCUCAUCUAAGAUUAAAACUGAAGAACUGGAAAUGAGAUUCGCAUAUCAGGUUUCUCUGGAUGAUUAUCUGUUAAAUGAUGAAGGAGAAUUGGACAAAGUUGUAACUAUCGAUGUCUCUGAAGAAAUAGGUUUCUAUGCUCCACUUACUGAUGCAGGUGUAUUAAAUGUCAAUGGAUUGGUUGCUUCCUGCUAUGCACAUAUUUUGGAUCAGAAGUUAGCUCAUGCUUCAAUGCUUCCUGUCCGAAUGUUUCCCACUUUACUUGAAAGUGAAGCAACGCAAAAUAAGAAUGGACUCCGGGCAUAUCCCAAAAUCUUGAUGAACCUGGUAAGUUAUCUGAAGAAAUCCCAAGAGGAAGGUAACGUCAUUGAGAACCUGAUAGCUGGCAAUGUACUGGGCUCUGUAACCUCUGGUAUUGGAAGUAUGAUGAGCUCUAUCAAUCUUGUCAAAUGAUUCUUGACAAUAAUUAUGAUAUGUGAUAAUUUGAAGAUAAAAAAUUCUAAAUUGAGUUAAAACCAUUUGAUAGUGUAAUUAGAUAACUAAUAAAAUUCUUGCAUAAAAAACUAAA